AUGGAGAGCAGUUUACAGGAUGCAAGUCCACAGCCAAGGGAGUUUCCACUCGAAUACCUACAACGUAUUACGAAUAAUUUUUCCGAGGACAACAUAAUUGGCGAGGGUGGGUUUGGAGUAGUUUACAAGGGAGUAUUGGACAAUGGAGAUGUGAUUGCUCUGAAGAAGCUUACUCACAAAGGGCUUGACGACAAGGAAUUUACAAAUGAGUUCAAUAACAUUAUUAGGGCCCAUCAUCAAAAUAUUGUACAGUUUUCUGGCUAUUGCUACCAUCCCGGUACUAGUUGGGUUAUGCACAAUGGGCAAUAUAUCUUUGCUCAUGAGCCAAUAAGAAUUCUCUGCUUUGAGUAUUUGCACGGUGGAAAUCUUGAGAGUCACCUUUCUGAUGACCAGCCGUGUAGGCCUGACUGGCAGACAUGUUACAAGAUAAUUAAGGGAGUUUGUCAGGGUUUGAAUUAUCUUCAUAACGGACAUAUAGAUUCCAUUUACCAUCUAGACUUAAAGCCAGCAAAUAUAUUGCUGGGAAACAACAUGAUUCCGAAAAUUGGAGAUUUUGGUAUAUCAAGAAUCUUCCCUUCAACAAAAACCGUUACCACCACAACAAGAAUGAUGGGGACAAUGGGAUUCAUGCCACCGGAAUAUAUCAACAAACAAGAAAUCUCACCAAAAUACGAUGUGUUUAGUUUGGGUGCUAUUAUCAUACAAAUAAUGGCAGGACGCCAGACCUACCAUGAUUCUGGAAGUGUUCCUUCCGAAAAAACAAUUUUGAAGGUAUGUGAAAAAUGGCAGAAGUUACAUCCAACAAUGUCGUCACAAACAUGGGAAGAAAUUAAAACAUGCAUCGGAAUAGCAUUAAGAUGUCUGGAGGAUGACCGGCAUAAAAGACCCACCAUAGUAGAGAUCAUCAAUGAACUUAAUUGGAUUGAUAUUGAGGCAUUGUCACUUACAAUUGAGGCUACCAACUUAUCAAGCAGGGACGCUUCGGCUGAUAACCAUCACAAUAACUCAGCUUCAAUCGUGAUUCACGGUAGCAGCAGUAGGUUCGAGUCCUCGGAUGAACCCAUGGAUUAUGAACACGAGUCCUUCAUGAGGAACUCGGAGUGCCGUGGUAUAGGAAUGCCUAGAGAUCUGAAUCAGACAGAUGUUGGCCAUUGCACGAGGUACCCGAAUCUCAGGUUUAUCCUUUUGUGA